AACCCGCUGAACAAUCAUCCGUGAAUUUACUGAACAAUGCUUCUGAUGCGUCAAAGGACGGCGGUUUAGGUUAUCCAAGGACUCUUCAGGACUUUUCAGUGGACAGAGUAGUUGACGGCAGACCAUAUCAACUCGGAACUAAUAGUCAGCAUGCGCUAUCGUUGAACGACCGGCCAUCAUCCACUAUGUGGAGAGAGUUGAUGAAUUGUGCAAACAAGCAGCUCAGUUUUGUAGAGGUAUCAUGUACGAUUGACAACAUUUAUGGUUAUGCUGAACGAACCUUCGGACGCCACUUGGAAGCAAAUGCAAGGGAAGAGAUGGUCGGCAUAUUGACAGAAGAUAUUACCGAGCCCUCAUCGAUAGUGAAUGACGAAAUGUCGAAUAUCACAAGACCACGGAAAGAGACAACGCCCGAACAAGAGAGGCAGCAAAAUAUAUCGCUGGAUUCGGACAAGAAAAUAACGAGAAUAAUGACAAGAAGAACUACGCUUGACGAUAAUAAUCAUAAUUAUGAAGCUGAGACGGAAACGGAAUACGACUAUUCAACUGAUCAGCGUCUUGGAAUUGACCGAUCUAGCGUCGGCGACUACUAUCAGAGGCAACGAACCGUCCUUUAUAGUCUGGAUCAAUCCCCUUUUCUAAGGAAGACUUAG